AUGGCGGAGGAAGAUCCUAUCCUACAACGACUGGUGCAGCGGGCUCUUGAACCCACAGUCCGAGUAGCUCUUGACAUGCUUCCACCCUCAUGCGUCACCCUAGACGCGCGGUUCACCAUCACAUACGAAACAGAACCAGGCAUCAAUUUCCACGUGGGAUUCAGCCUCUUAGACAAGAACUACGAUGCAGGGUAUGUUACCACAUGGGAAGUUCUGCGGACAGUUCCACUAGCCGAGCAGCAGCUGCCUCCACUUUCUGAGAGAACCGAAAGAAACCCUCGCCCGCGCGUGCAUAUCUCCCAAGCAGUGACUAAGUUCGGUGGCGGUAAAGCCACAACGACGACUCUUUACGACGCAGCAGGUGGUGUCUCUCUUUCGCUUCCCGCCGUGAGCAAUGCUGGCUGCGCUCCCUCAACUGUUGCUGCGGAUAAAAGCGAGGACUGCGACGCUCCUCGGCGUCAGCUCGUCACCGCUACUGGCUCCGUGGCGAUAGAGAACCUUCCGUUCUCGUGGACACUUUGUCAGCAAGUGGCGAAUGAGGUCAUGACCGUUACCCUGGGGCGCAAGGAUGAUGGCAGCGUCGAGCAAAUGCCCAAGGCUGCCACGAAUGGCGGCGCCACUCAAAGAGGAGAAAACCUGGCGGCGGCAAAGAAGGGGGGGGGUAAAACCGGGACACCGACGAAUACCAACGUAGCCAGCGGAAAAGACAAAGGGAAGCUGAGGAGUACGAAGGAAGUGAAGGCGCUUCCUGCCUUCGAAACGUAUCGCCAGGAACAAAUCCGCGUUGGGAGUCUUCUCCUACUUUCCGACGCAGGAUCGGUAAAGCCUUGUCAGCAGGGCAAACAGACUUUCGCUGAGCUGGAAGGUGUCCGAAGCUUCGAGCUCGAGUUGUUUUGUUCUCAAGCGCCUCUUUCUGCUGCAUUCCGAGAACUGGUCAACCCCGUAUGCAUCACAUUCCUUGGCGCGCGAAGAAUCCCAAUUCCGUUUCCACGUGCUUCGUUACAUGUCUCUGAAGGCAGCGAUACUGCUUUGGACGAUGGCGUCAGCACUGAACCUCCCACGCAUGACGAAGGCUCUAGCCUCCCCCACUGGCGAUCCCCUGGAUGUCCGGGAAAUGCGAAACCCGCUGCACACGCGGAAUCACGUUGGUUUCCGAAUAACUUCAUCGCAACGCCUGCCGAAACCGUUGUUUUUUCGGGGCCGGGCGCGGAUAAUCUCCGCUGUGCGGACGUUUCGUGGAACCACGAUGCCAUUGUCUUCUGGGGGCCAGCGGUGGUGAACCAGAUGGCUCUUCGCCGUUUCCUGGAGCACUUCACUUUCACUGUCGAACUGCAUGACCAAGAUGUCCUUGCCACGGAUACGAAAGACGCGGUGAACGGGCUGUCGCCAGCAACGGUGAGACUCACAGCGGCCCUUGGUACAUCGCAAGGCACUCUUGAGGCAAAGCACGGACGGUUUUCAUCACCGGGAACCGCGGUUGCCACAUCCCUGCAUUCCAAACUGGAGCCUGCCUCCGCCACCUCUACCGGUGGAACAGCAGACGAGUCCAACAGAGGCCCACGAUUCACAUGCCUUUCUUCAACUGGUCCCUCGCUGGCUUGUUCAAGAAACGCCAGCGAGCGGAGCUCGCGUGCUUGCUCUACAGUGCGCGCCUCUGCAUCGGGAACGAAAGCCAAACACUCACUACGGACGGAAGGAUCCUGGGAGAGCGGUGGCCUCGAGAGGCGCAUCGUACGACCCUAUGGUGUGGCAAACUUUCAGCUUCAGGACUUGCUUCUGCACGGCCUCAAACAGGUGGAACUCAUAUCGGAUGUGUUUCCUUUAUUGGGGACCGGGCACGAAUCUGCGGCAGGACAAACGCCGCUUCUAACGGAUGAGGCAGCCAGCAAUCUGCUGGCCUGCCCGACUGACUUCCUGACUUCCCGAUGCCUUCCAGGGAAGGCGAGAUACGUCGCCACGAGAUACCUCGACUACGGCACCCAAGUUAAGCUGAGAGUGCGGCUGAGCGAACCUCUACCAUCGAUCGCGGAAAUACUCUUGCUCAGCCGCCACGCUGGAAGAGUGAGUUACAACUAUGAGAGCCUGGCACUCUUGCGUUCUUUGCAGCUCAGGCCUCGACGAUGGCCUACUCUCUAG